AUGUCAAACAAAGAUUUAAAAUGUGGUCUUUAUGUGGAUCACACCGGAGACCUGUCAUCUGCCAUACAAAACGCAACAAACGGCGGGUAUAACUUUAUAGCAACCAAUUUAGUGAAUCCGAGGUCUAAUGUCUUCACACCACACAGUGAUCUCCUGCUCUCGAGUGCAGAUUGGAGUACUCUUGUGGUCGGAAUGAUCACUAGCUUUGAUCUCGAGAGCAAAGUAUUGGAAAAUUCAGUGAAAAUGGAGUCUGAGAUCACAUAUGCGGUGCACUUGGGUCUGCCGGCCCUUCUCUUCCAGUGCCCGACAUCUGUGUCAGCGGUCUCUCAAUUGUCGCGAAUAAUCAAUUCAAAGCUCACAUUUUCGGGAGGCUUUCAGAAUUUGCCUCAAUUUUGGAUUCAAAUUCCCAUUCAUUCUCCGCUCGAAAGUUGUGCCGUUUGGAGGAAUGACUGCCAAGACAUCCCUUCAGAGGACACGUGGUUUCGAUGGCAUCGACUACGAAGUCAUAUGGCUGUCGAUAAGAGACUGUCGAUUGCACUCGAACUGAACGGCGAUUUACCGGAUGAGGCACUUCUGAACCGUUGGACUGGAGAGCCCAUCAAAGCAGUGAUUCUGUCGACCUCUAUAUUCCAGACCAAUCGCAAAGACUAUCCCGUCUUAACCAAAGCGCACCAAAUGUUUAUUCGCAACUUAAUGAACAAAAUGUCAAAUGAUAUCCAUUUCAUAAUCAAAGGACAUAACAGACACACAGAUAUGAGACAUUACAUCCAGUAUUUGGAGCACAUUCGCAACACUCAGUUACCCAACGAUCCGGUCGCCAAGUUUGCCAAAGGAUACGAAGACUUCCUCCAAAUACCACUUCAACCAUUGAUGGAUAACUUGGAAUCGUGUACUUAUGAAGUGUUUGAAAAGGAUCCCAUCAAGUAUGAGGAGUACGGAAAGGCUAUCAACGAAGCGCUCAAAGAUUUGGACACAAAAGAUGAAAUCAUAAUAAUGGUUGUGGGGGCCGGGAGGGGACCGUUAGUCCAGGCGAGCAUCAAUGCCUCAGAAAUUGUCAAAAAACGCGUUCAUAUAUUCGCUGUGGAGAAGAACCCGAACGCUGUCGUCACUCUACAAACACUUCGAGAGCAGCGGUGGGGCGGAGAUAAAGGCACCGAAUUUGCGAAGAUUGAUGUGAUUGCCUGUGAUAUGAGGGACUGGGAGGCGCCUGAAAAGGCAGAUAUAGUCAUAUCAGAACUCUUAGGCUCUUUUGGAGACAACGAAUUAAGUCCCGAGUGUUUAGACGGCGUCUGGUCUUAUGUGAAGGAAACGGCGAUUUCAAUCCCGUCCUCUUAUACCUCAUAUUUGGCGCCAAUUCAGUCGCAAAGACUCUAUUGCGAGGCCUCACAGCUCAGGGAAAAGGAUAAGCCGUCGUAUAGUGUGUUUGAGACGGGAUAUGUGGUGUAUAUGAGGAAUUUCUACGGCAUCGAUGCGCCCCAACCUCUGUUCACUUUCACUCACAACGAUCUCUCCCUAAAGCCUUCCCAACGAAACAACUCUCGAUUCAAAUCACUUGAUUUCGUGGCCAAAGUGGACACCGUUUGUCACGGAUUCGCCGGUUAUUUCGAGGCAACGCUUUACAAAGGCAUCAAACUAUCCACUGUUCCCACGACUCAUACGACAGGAAUGUUCAGUUGGUUCCCCAUAUACUUCCCACUCCACAGCCCUCUCUUCAUCAAAGCCGAGGACACCCUAAAAGUGGACUUUUGGAGACUCACUAAUCGGCGUCAGAUUUGGUACGAGUGGCUCAUCUCACAGCCGGUGCCCACCUCUGUCCACAACCCAAACGGGCGCACCUACUCUAUCGGCUUAUUGUAG